GGCGCGUGGCCGUGCGCUGGUGCCGCCCGCCGUUGGGCCAUGGUUUCUUUGCUUGGCUUCCUUGUGUGGCUGUGCUUCUGGGGGCCGCCUUAGGGGGGCGCGCCACGGCGCGAGAGGUUUGGCCGCUAUGACCGGCCCGGCUGGCGAGUUGGCCAAUAAAAUUUUCUCUCUGGAAGGCCUGCCACUCGCGGCGGGGGGGGCCGUGCGCCGGCGGGGGUGCAAAGGAGGGCGCAGACGAAAAUGAACCCAGCCGCGCACGCCCCGGAGUAUGUAGAAGGAGCACCCAGGCCCUCGCCCGCGCACUUUGUGCGCGGGCCACGGGCGGGCGCCCGGGGGGGGCCUCGGUCGCUUGCGAUGGCCCCGCCCGUCCCCAUGUGGUUGUGUGGUCGACCCUUACCCGGCCCGCCCGCUCCCGUCGGGCCUGCUUGCGCGCCCCUGUUAUCCGUCCCCGUUGGGUCGCCGGCAACGGCCGGGCAAGGGUGUUGUAGCCGCUGCCAGCCGAGCCCCUCCCCGCAGUCAGAAUAAAAAGAAGCGUGCCAAGGCGCAGGCAGUGGGGUGGUCCAACGUUUGUUGCCUUGUCUCUCCUCGUCUUUCCGGGGGCGGGUAUAAAAUUUUGGUCGGGUUUAUUGAUGUGGAAACGCCUACAGUGGGCACUGACUGACU